AUGGCAUCAAGAUCAAACACAUCGCUCGCAAAGCUGUCCUUGUUCUUGCUUUUUGCAAUUUUUUUAAGUUCAUCAAAAGCCUAUGAUCGCCAUCAACUCAAAGAAACCAACUUGACAUUGUACUUUCAGGACUUCUCCUCUGGCCCAAACGCCACGUCCGCCAUAGUCACCGGCAUCCCUGGCCGGGUGUGGUCCUUCUCCUCGUUUGGGACCAUUUUUGUUGGUGACGACCCGAUUACAGCCGGCCCGCACAUGGACUUGCCCCAAAUCGCGCGGGGCCAGGGCAUCUUCACCACGUCCUCGCUGGAUGGGGUAAAUGCCCACAUCACGUAUUCCAUUGUGUUCACCAAUCGGGAAUACAAUGGAAGCACGUUGGAAAUUCAGGGACGUGUCUUUAACCUUGCUAGCGCCGCAGAGACUGCCGUAGUUGGGGGAACUGGGAAAUUUAGGUUUGCUACCGGAUUCGCAACGUUCCAGACUGUUUCCUUCGACGCGACGCUAUUUUACUCGGUGACACAGUGCAACAUUACUGUUCUACACUAUUGA